AUGACAACUGCUAGUGGAAAAAGCCAAAGGAAACACUCCAAAUUGAUAUGUCUGCCCGGCCAGCGUCUUUGUCUAUCCGAUGAGAAUACAAUAUCUGGCCAAGGAACAUAUGAACGGAUGGGCUAUAUUUAUGCCACACUGGCCGGCACGGUGCACAUCAACGAAAAGGAUAAUUGUAAAUUCAUUGAAGUUCAAUGUGCUGGAAGUCAAACAAUUGUACCCGUGGCCGGUGACAUUGUAACGGCACGCGUUCUCCAAGUCAAUCAACGUGCUGCCAAAUGUUCAAUUCUGUGUAUAGGUGAACAUGUUUUGGAACAAAAUUAUCGUGCUAUUUUACGCAAAGAGGAUGUUCGUGCCACGGAAAAGGAUCGUGUUGAAAUGUAUAAAUCAUUUCGUCCGGGUGAUGUUAUUUUAGCCAGAGUGCUACCACAAACCGAAUUGUCUUGCUAUCAACUGAGUACAGCUGAAAAUGAAUUGGGUGUUGUCAUAGCCAUAUCCAGUGAAAGUGGUCCAAAUGGUCCACCAAUGGUACCCAUUAGCUGGACCGAAAUGCAAUGUCCAAACACCUUGGUGAAGGAACCGCGAAAAGUUGCAAAAAUUGUACCAGCCAGUGCUGUGAAAACAGAGAAUUGA